CACAUUCGAUAUAAUUAUGUUUGUUUUGGUAACCGUAUAUCGGGUAUAUAAGCUAGUAAUGUCACAGUACCACUAAAUACAACCAUGAGGUACUUCGCGCUAUUAGCCCUUGUGGCUUUCGUAGCCGUCUCUGCGUAUCCAUCCAGGUCGGUGGAGUCCUCAUCUCCAAUCUUGGAGUCGGAGUCGUCUUACAGCAGCAGCUCCAGCUCCAGCGCUGCCCAAGCUGAGUCCUUCUCGUCCAGCCAAUACAGUAGCAGUUCCGAUGGUUCAGAAAGCUCAUCAUCAAGUUCGAGCGAAUCGAGCCAGAGCGCUUCGCAACAAGCCCAGGAAAGCUCAAGCAGCUCCAGUUACUCAGAUGGCUCUUCUUCUAGCCAAAGUUCUGAGAAGAAAUCGUCAAGCGCCAGCGCUUCCAAAAGCGCAUCGUCUUCUAUCAGCAAAAAGAGCCUUUCGAUCGGGAAGAAGAAGCUUGGACAUGGAUUGAUUAUUGGUGGACCAGGCCCAGUUGUUCCAGGCGGACCGUGUGAAGGAGGUUCUGGUAGUUCUAGUGGCAGUUCCAGCUCUUCUGGCUCAAGCUCUGGUUCAAGCAGCGGUUCCCACAGCGGCUCUAACAGCGGAUCACACAGCGGCUCUAACAGCGGAUCACACAGCGGCUCUAAAGGUGGUUCACACAGCGGCGCUAACAGCGGAUCCCACAGCGGCGCUAACAGCGGAUCACACAGCGGCUCUAACAGCGGAUCACACAGCGGCUCUAACAGCGGGUCACACAGCGGCUCUAACAGCGGAUCACACAGCGGCUCUAAAGGUGGUUCACACAGCGGCUCUAAAGGUGGUUCACACAGCGGCGCUAACAGCGGAUCCCACAGCGGCGCUAACAGCGGAUCACACAGCGGCUCUAACAGUGGUUCACACAGCGAAUCACACAGCGGCUCUAACAGCGGAUCACACAGCGGCUCUAACAGCGGAUCACACAGCGGCUCUAACAGCGGAUCACACAGCGGCUCUAACAGCGGAUCACACAGCGGCUCUAACAGCGGAUCACACAGCGGAUCACACAGCGGAUCACACAGCGGCUCUAACAGCGGAUCACACAGCGGCUCUAAAGGUGGUUCACACAGUGGAUCCCAUAGCGGCGCUAACAGCGGAUCACACAGCGGCUCUAACAGCGGAUCACACAGCGGCUCUAACAGCGGAUCACACAGCGGAUCACACAGCGGAUCACACAGCGGCUCUAACAGCGGAUCACACAGCGGCUCUAAAGGUGGUUCACACAGUGGAUCCCACAGCGGCGCUAACAGUGGUUCACACAGCGAAUCACACAGCGGCUCUAAAGGUGGUUCACACAGCGGCUCUAACAGCGGAUCACACAGCGGCUCUAACAGCGGAUCACACAGCGGCUCUAACAGCGGAUCACACAGCGGCUCUAACAGCGGAUCACACAGCGGCUCUAAAGGUGGUUCACACAGUGGAUCCCACAGCGGCGCUAACAGUGGUUCACACAGCGAAUCACACAGCGGCUCUAAAGGUGGUUCCCACAGCGGCUCUAACAGCGGAUCACACAGCGGCUCUAACAGCGGAUCACACAGCGGCUCUAAAGGUGGUUCACACAGCGGCGCUAACAGCGGAUCCCACAGCGGCGCUAACAGCGGAUCACACAGCGGCUCUAACAGCGGAUCACACAGCGGCUCUAACAGCGGAUCACACAGCGGCUCUAACAGCGGAUCACACAGCGGCUCUAACAGCGGAUCACACAGCGGCUCUAAAGGUGGUUCACACAGCGGAUCCCACAGCGGCGCUAACAGUGGUUCACACAGCGAAUCACACAGCGGCUCUAACAGCGGAUCACACAGCGGCUCUAACAGCGGAUCACACAGCGGAUCCCACAGCGGCGCUAACAGCGGAUCACACAGCGGCUCUAACAGCGGAUCACACAGCGGCUCUAACAGUGGAUCACACAGCGGCUCUAACAGCGGAUCACACAGCGGCUCUAACAGCGGAUCACACAGUGGCUCUAAAGGUGGUUCACACAGCGGAUCCCACAGCGGCGCUAACAGUGGUUCACACAGCGGAUCCCACAGCGGCGCUAACAGUGGUUCACACAGCGGAUCCCACAGCGGCGCUAACAGUGGUUCACACAGCGGAUCCCACAGCGGCGCUAACAGUGGUUCACACAGCGGAUCCCACAGCGGCUCUAAAGGUGGUUCACACAGCGGUAGUGGAUCCCAAUCUGGAAGCAGCUCUGGCUCAAGCAGCGGCAGCCAAUCUGGAAGCAGCUCUGGCUCAAGCAGCGGCAGCCAAUCUGGAAGCAGCUCUGGCUCAAGCAGCGGCAGUCAAUCAGGAAGCAGCUCUGGCUCAAGCAGCGGCAGCCAAUCUGGAAGCAGCUCUGGCUCAAGCAGCGGCAGUCAAUCUGGAAGCAGCUCUGGCUCAAGCAGCGGCAGCCAAUCUGGAAGCAGCUCUGGCUCAAGCAGCGGCAGUCAAUCAGGAAGCAGCUCUGGCUCAAGCAGCGGCAGUCAAUCAGGAAGCAGCUCUGGCUCAAGCAGCGGCAGCCAAUCUGGAAGCAGCUCUGGCUCAAGCAGCGGCAGUCAAUCUGGAAGCAGCUCUGGCUCAAGCAGCGGCAGCCAAUCUGGGAGCAGCUCUGGCUCAAGCAGCGGCAGUCAAUCUGGAAGCAGCUCUGGCUCAAGCAGCGGCAGUCAAUCAGGAAGCAGCUCUGGCUCAAGCAGCGGCAGUCAAUCAGGAAGCAGCUCUGGCUCAAGCAGCGGCAGCCAAUCUGGAAGCAGCUCUGGCUCAAGCAGCGGCAGUCAAUCUGGAAGCAGCUCUGGCUCAAGCAGCGGCAGCCAAUCUGGAAGCAGCUCUGGCUCAAGCAGCGGCAGUCAAUCAGGAAGCAGCUCUGGCUCAAGCAGCGGCAGUCAAUCAGGAAGCAGCUCUGGCUCAAGCAGCGGCAGCCAAUCUGGAAGCAGCUCUGGCUCAAGCAGCGGCAGCCAAUCUGGAAGCAGCUCUGGCUCAAGCAGCGGCAGUCAAUCAGGAAGCAGCUCUGGCUCAAGCAGUGGAUCCCAAUAUGAAAGCAGCAGUUCCUCUUCAUCCCAAAGCCAAUCGUCAUCCCAAUCUAGCCAAUCCGCUAGACAGAGCGAAUCAGUCAGCCAAUCAGGUGGCAAGACCGUUCAGUCAUCAAGUCAGUCCAGCCAAUCAGCGAGCGCAGCUAAUCAGGCGUCCAGCCAAUCACAGAGCUCCAGUGAAUCAAGCGCCGACGGUUCCUCAUAUUCGAGUAGCUCAUACGAAAGCGAAUCUUCUUCAGCUUCCUCAUCUUAUUCAGAAUCUUCCUCGUCUUCUUACACCGAAGACUGCUAGAUGACUCGUCGAGGUUGUGUUUGUAUUUGUACAAAAUCACAUAACACGAAAGUUCUCACUGUCAACCGAGCGCGAUUAUUGUAUUGAAAUGUGUUUGCAAAUAAAUUUGAAUGAAUAAUUA